GCUCAAACGUGUCACUAUUCAAGAAAUCGCCGAGAGCCAAAUCCAGCCGAGUGCGUCGUGCGGAUACAAGCACCCAGCCGAACGCAAUGGAGAAGCCGCAUCCUUUGGACUGGGAAGCACGAGCUCGGGAAGAGCUCGGAGAAACGCCGGAAGUUAGAGAAGCUGCCCUCAAGGAAUUCGCGGCCAAGGCGAUCAAGCUUGAGAACUUCAAUCCGCGAUUGGAUGAGAAUUUCCUGCUCAGGUUCUUGAGAUCGAAGAAAUUUGACGUCGACAAAGCCUUCAAGUCGUACAAGAAGUUCCACACCAUCAGAUUGAUAGAUCCGGAACGUUAUCUGCCAGUCGGGGUGGGUCCUCUGCGGUACAAGCCCGGAUUUGAUCUCGCUACCGGAACACAGCUCAGAGAGUACAAUCCGAUCGAUGGCUCUUUCGUCGUCAUAUGGCGAGUCGGGAAUUGGCAUCCAGAAUGUGGCUUCGACCUCAGUGAUAUUUUCACGCCUACUGCCAUGGGUGGGGACUUCCGACUCCGAGAGGAGCAGGCUCAAGUGGCGGGAUGUCACAUGGUGAUGGAUUUAGGUCAGAUGCAUUUGUCGUACAUUCGGCAUUUUCCAUUCUCCGCGAUCAAGGCCCUCAUCAUGACCAUCCAAGACGGAUAUCCGUGCCGCUUCAAAGGAUUCCACGUCGUCAAUAAUUCUUCACUCUGGGACUACAUCUGGGCUGUUUCGAAACCUUUCUUGAAGGCGAAGAUCAAGGAACGAGUGUAUCUGCACGGCGCCAAUGUAAAGUCUCUCCACAAGCACAUUUGUCCUAGCAUCCUCCCGGAGGAAUACGGGGGGAAAGGCGGUCCUUUCGAUUGGAGCUGGAUAACCGGAGAACUUUACGCUAGGAAUGAAGAAUUCAUCCGACUCAGUCAUUACGGCUAUAUCACGAAGGGUCCUGAGCAGCGUAGAGAUGGUUAA